AAUGAACGGGGAACACGGGAACUGACGGAGGACCUUGAACUCAACCACUGGCAGACAUCCAAGCCGAGCGCUGCUGCCGUGGCCGCUCCGAUCACUGGAGAAAAAAAUGGCCCGAGCCUCAAACGUAAGGUAGCCCGGCCAUCCAUACAGUAUACAGUACUACCGUGGCCCGGACUACUAAAAGAGGUACCCGUGCCGUAGCCCGACUACCUACCUUGACUCCAGUCUUGCUCCCGCGUCCCGUGUCCGUUUCGCUCCGUUGAUUUUGAGGUCAUUUCCUUUUCCAACUUUCCCUUCUUCUCUUCUUCUUCUGCUUCUCUCCCCUUUUCUCCCUCUCGCUUCCACCUCCCCUCCUCCACCUACCUCUUCCUCCAACCAACAUCUCCACUCCUCCCCAACACACACCAUUCAAGAUGGGCUACGUCGACGACGAAAUUAAGCGCCUCGGCGAUAUCAUUGCCUCCCUCGAGGGUCGCGUCAGGUCCCUUGAGUCCCGCGAGUUCAGCGGCAAGCCCGUCACCACCGCCGAGCAGGUCCGCAUGAUCCUCAUCGGUCCCCCCGGUGCCGGCAAGGGCACCCAGGCCCCCAAGAUCAAGGAGAAGUUCAACUGCUGCCACCUUGCCACCGGUGACAUGCUCCGCGCCCAGGUCGCCAAGGGCACCGCUCUCGGCAAGCAGGCCAAGAAGAUCAUGAACGAGGGCGGUCUCGUCAGCGACGACAUUGUCAUUGGCAUGAUCAAGGAUGAGUUGGAGAACAACAAGGAGUGCCAGGGCGGCUUCAUCCUCGACGGCUUCCCCCGCACCGUCCCCCAGGCCGAGGGUCUCGACGCCAUGCUCCGCGAGCGCAACCUGCCCCUGCAGCACGCAGUCGAGCUCAAGAUCGACGACUCGUUGCUCGUCGCGCGCAUCACGGGCCGCCUCGUCCACCCUGCCUCAGGCCGUUCCUACCACCGUAUCUUCAACCCGCCCAAGGACGACAUGAAGGACGACAUCACGGGCGAGCCGCUGGUGCAGCGGUCGGACGACAACGCCGAGGCGCUGCGCAAGCGUCUCGAGACGUACCACAAGCAGACGGCGCCCGUCGUCGGCUACUACCAGAACACGGGCAUCUGGAAGGCCAUCGACGCCAGCCAGGAGCCCGGCCAGGUCUGGAAGUCCCUGCUUGCCAUCUUUGAUGGUGACAAGGCCAAGGCUAGCAGCGCUGGUAGCGGUAUCUUGAACAAGAUUGCUUCUGCUGCCAAGAGCUCGUAAAGAAACUGACAAACGGACGAAUUUUGUUCGCUUGCUUGCUGGUUCUACGUUUACUUGGUGAUGGGAAAUAGAGCAGCGGGAGAAAGAAAGCGGGGGCCAAGCUUCCUUUCGUGAUAGUCGGGAUUGUUUGAGAAAGCUACAAUAUACCGAUACAAUCAACA